AUGCGAAACAAGAGGGCAGCCAAUGCGGGCCAGGACAGCAUGGAGAAAGAUCUCUCUGACCUCAAACAAAAUCUCGACCUUGCCUUGUCAGAAAUUAAAUCAAGCGGUUCUUUCAUGACACAGAAAGCACUAAGUUCGGCGGUUAUUCCUGGUCUUCACGUACCCGGCGUUGGAGCCAUCGGGCUUCCUAUAACAAUUGAGAGUGCGAAGGCAAUGAUCCAAUCUUCUCGGAUGAGUCCAUACGGUAAGGGAACAGAGACGCUGGUCAAUGAAACAGUGCGCAAGAGUUGGCAGCUUGACGCCAAUCAGUUUUCCCUUCAAAACCCGCUUUGGGAAAAACAAGUGGGUAUUUACAAAGAUCAGGCUAUUGCUGGUCUUGGUCUUACUACCGCGAAACCAGAAGAGGUCAAGGUGGAACUUUAUAAGCUGCUCAUUUACGAAGAAGGCGCAUUUUUCUUACCACACCAGGACUCUGAAAAGGCAGAUGGCAUGUUUGCGACACUUGUCAUCAGUCUGCCUUCAAAACAUGAAGGUGGUGAAGUCAUUGCCUCGCAUAAGGGCGAAAGUCUAAGAUUUUGUACAGCCUCAAACUCUGAAUACGGCUUCUCAUGGGCUGCUUGGUAUGCUGAUGUCAUGCAUGAAGUGAAACCUGUCCGAUCCGGCUAUAGAAUCGUGUCCGUUUACAACUUGAUUCAUCGUCCCUCAGCAGCACUAAUCAAAUUUCGUGGUGAUAAGGUAGGAAGCCUCAACAAGCUGUUUGCUGCGUGGACUCUCGCCAUUGAAAACUCAAAGCACCGUCUACAGAGUUGGGAUUCUGAAGUCGAAGACAAGUGCCCUGCAGCGCUUGUCUACUUACUUGAUCACCAGUAUUCGAUUGCAGAGCUCAGCGUUGCUAAACUCAAGGGGGUCGAUCGACAUCGUUUCGUCCAGUUACAGGAGGCCUGCCUGAAGAACGGCUGUGAUAUUUACCUAGCGAAUAUUGAGAAGUCUGUUACGGGAGGAGUACAAGACGAUGACUAUUACGGCGGCUAUUACGGUCGCGAUCCGGAUGAUGAAGACUUUGAAGGUUUUACAGGCAAUGAGGGAGCUCAUGCGACUCACUUUUACCGACCGACUGGCCUUUUGAUUGUGCCCAAAGCGGUCAGCUUUCUAUUCGAAAUCGAACGGUUGAAAAAAGAUCAGGGCGAUGUCAAGCAUAUUAUGGAAGAAUGUGAACGCAUGCUGACGCAGCAAUCGGACGAGAUCUUGGUGAAGAAGGCACUGGCACACGUCUGCAGCAUCUUGGCUGGAUUGGAAUAUCAUGCAGACGAAGAAGCUCGUGAGAGGUUCAUAGAUUUAAUUCUCACGAGAUCUUUGGAAUUCGCCGACUUUGAAUUGUUCAACCGGGCUCUGUUGCUCAAUAGAUACCUCUCAUCCUCUCACAAAGCCUUCAUCGCCAAGGCUAUUGCAGAUCAUGGACUAAAUCCAAUACGCUCAGCUCUAGACACAAAGCUCAAGGGCACGGAUGUUUUCGGGUAUGGGCGUAAAGAUAUCCUAGAUCUGCGACUCCUUUAUGAUAUCACGAGAGAAUAUUUAUCGGUCUGUACACAGAGAAACCUAACCCCUUCGACUGAGGUGGUAGAAUGGCAACAAGCGACGUUCCUUACGGCAGUUCAUGAAGGACUCACAGGCUUGGAGUCGGAUGGACAAAAGGUAGCACAAAACUUGAGGGAGAUGCCCAUAAUGGGGUCGCUUGAAAAGUGA